UUUUUGUUCUUUUCCUUAAACUUUCACACAUCCAUCAUCCUCCUCAAUUGCCCUUGUUUUCAACAACCACUUUUUGUGUGAAAUAUACGCACGCAAAUAAUAAAUAAAAUAAAUAAUUAAUAAUCCUUUUCAAUCAGAGAGACACAUCCUUCACCCUCAAGGACCAAAGACGAUUCAAAGGGGAAAAGAAAAAAGAAGGAAGAAAAAAAAAAGAACGCAAAUUCAACUCCUUCCUCCCCUCUCCUUGUAUUUAGGCAACUGUUGGUGAUUCUGCGUGGACUUGUUCGUUAAUUGUAUAUUUGUCCCGGAUUUUACUAUAUUCUGCUACAUAAUUUGUAACUUAUAUUGGAGCAUUGCAUAAGUGAUUAUCCUAUCAUUCUUUUGUGAAGUCAAGUACAGUUUAUGUGAAUGCAAAUUGAGACUCAGAAGGCACAAAUAGGAAUAUAGUUAGAGCCUAUUUCUUGGUUACCACUGAGCGUGGAAGAUGACUGGUGUUAGGCGCAGAUUAAGUAAAGAUUCAGAUAUCAGUGCUCUACACAAAGAACUGGAUGAAGUUUCAUGUCCUAUCUGCAUGGACCAUCCGCAUAAUGCUGUUCUCCUUGUUUGCAGCUCUCAUGAGAAGGGCUGCAGAUCUUACAUUUGUGAUACGAGUUAUAGACAUUCGAAUUGCUUGGACCGGUUUAAAAAAAUGAGGACAGAUUCUAAUGACAGUCAUAAUUUAUCAAGUUCUUUAGUAAAUACAAACAACUCCGGAUCAAGACAGGGUGAUGCCCAAGAUCCUAGUAGAGGUUUAAACCCACAUGAAGGCAAUUUAGAAAAUGUUGAUUCUGAGACCUUGCAGGACAGGGCUGAACUUGAAGAGUUAAAUGCUGGUAAUUUUGCAUCAAAAUUAAACUUGUCAUGCCCCUUAUGUCGAGGCACAGUACAUAGCUGGGAAGUGGUUGAAGAGGUUAGAGACUAUUUAAAUACAAAGAAGAGAAGUUGCUCUAGGGAGUCAUGCUCGUUUGUUGGUAAUUAUCUAGAACUACGUCUACAUGCCAGAAGAGUUCACCCUACCACUCAUCCCUCUGUUGUUGAUCCUACUAGAGAAAGAGCUUGGCGACAUUUUGAACGGCAGAGAGAAUAUGGUGAUAUUGUUAGUGCUAUUCGGUCUGCCAUACCUGGUGCCGUUGUCGUUGGGGAUUAUGUUAUUGAAAAUGGAGAUGGAAGGUCUUCAAGUGAUAGGGAAGGCAGCCUGGGUGAUGCUAAUGGGCCCUGGUUGAGUUUCUUGUUUCAGAUGAUUGACAACAUUGAAACUGUUCCGGAGCCAAGAGCUCGUCGAAGAGCAUGGACAAGGCAUCAUCGCCGACCAUCUAGAGUUGAUCGCCCGUAUCUUUGGGGCGAGAAUUUGUUGGGUCAUCGGGAUAAUGAUCGUGAUGUUGAUGAAGAUGAAUCUCCUGUGCCAAGAAGGCGUCGCCGUCUGAACCGGACUAGGUUCUUUGCAGAUCAACCAUGAGGAUUGCUGCCAAUUAUCUGUGUGCUGAGCUUGAUAUAAGCGUCAGCUGGGAAACAUGCUUUCAGCAGCUUCCUGAGCGCACUUCGGACCAAGUCUUUGGACCCGACAGUGGUGCUGAAUGCUGAGAACAAGUUUGAAUAAGAACCGAAGAUCCUUGAACAGCAUGUUCAUUUAACAAAGCUUGUCUAAUGGGGUUUUCCUUGGAGCUCACUUCAACAACUGCCUUGGAAGAAAUUGAUUUUCUCAAGGCUGACAUAGGGUUGUUACAUUUGUCAUUAAUGUAUAAUUGAUGCUUGUACAUCUGAAUUGUUCAACCUGUUUAUUUCCACUAAAUCAUUGUUCAUUCUAAGGUUGUGGAUAUUGUGGUUUUAUUUGUUGUCUUUUAACAGAAUGAUUGUUCGCGAUCAUAUUGAUAGAACUUCAACUGAGAUGUUGAGAUCUGCUUUC